UCUAGAGUGAGAGAAGCAAAAAAUGGAGUUUGAUAGUACUUCAAAAACUGCUCUGUUUCUGCUGCUUUGCCUUUUCUUUGUUGAUGGAUCUUCCUCACAAAGAUCCACAUACAUUAUCCACAUGGAUAAACCCUCAAUGCCCAAAGCAUUCUCCUCUCACCAUUUCUGGUAUUCUUCCAUUCUCAAAUCUGUCAAUCAAGCCACCAAUCCAACCCCAAAGCUUCUCUACGUUUACGACCACGCUUUCCAUGGAUUCAGCGUCUCCGUGUCGGAAACCGAGCUCGAACUGCUAAAAACAUCCCCGGGAUUCGUCUCGGCCUACCCCGACACAGCCGUCACGCCCGACACCACCCGCACCCCCGACUUCCUCUCCCUCAGCCCGGCCUCCGGCAUCUGGCCGGCUUCGGGGUACGGCAAGGACGUCAUCAUCGGCGUCGUCGACACCGGAAUCUGGCCCGAGAGCCCGAGCUUCAGCGAUCGCGGGAUCGCCGGCCCAGCCCCGGCGAAAUGGAAGGGAGUCUGCAGCGGCGGAGACGGAUUCAACUCGUCGCUGUGCAACAGGAAACUCAUCGGAGCCAGGUACUUCAAUCAGGGUGUAAAAGCGUCGGACACUGCUACUGCAGUGCCCGACACUGCAAGGGACGACGAUGGCCACGGGAGCCACGUGUCGUCCACUGCUGCAGGAAACUUCGUGGAGGGAGUUUCCUUCUUUGGCUACGCCCGCGGGACCGCCAGGGGAGUGGCCCCGCGGGCCAGGCUGGCCGUUUAUAAAGCCCUGUGGGGCGGCGGCGGCGUCUCGUCCGAUCUACUCGCGGCGAUUGAUCAGGCCGUGGCGGACGGCGUCGACAUAAUCUCGAUUUCUGUGGGUGUCCAAGAAAUUGAGUUGUACGAGAGCCCCCUCUCGAUUGCUAGCUUCGGAGCUAGGGAGAAGGGGAUUCUGGUUUGUAUGUCGGCCGGAAACCGCGGGCCGAGUGUUCGGACGAUCCGCUCGGGUAUUCCCUGGGCUGUGAUCGUCGCCGCGGGGACGGUUGACCGUUGGUUCGCCGGAAAUUUGACUCUCGGCAACGGGAAAACGAUCACCGGAUGGACCACAUUUCCGGCUAGCGCGAUAGUCCGGAACGUGCCUGUCGUGUACAACGAGAGCUUGUCCGGCUGCACCGCGGCUGAGCUGGCGGAAGCGCCGGAAAACACCAUCAUUAUCUGCAACACCACCAUCGGAAACACAGAUUUCGACACCGUGAUGGGAGGCUUAUCCAAUUCCAACGUCAAAGCAGCUAUCAUCAUAGCCGAAGAAACCUCCAUUUUCCGAUUCAACACGUUUCCCUACCCCGGAGUCGUGAUCACGGCGGCGCAAGGGCAGCAAGUCGCUGAUUACGCGCUAGCCAGCGCCGCCCCGACUGCGAGCAUCGUCUUCCAGCAAACGAUUCUCGGGAAGGAGCCGAGAGCCGCGCCGGCUCUCUCGGACGACUCAUCGAGAGGUCCGGGGCGGAGCUACGAGGGCAUCCUGAAACCCGACCUGAUGGCGCCGGGCGUGUUGAUCCUGGCAGCCUUUCAUCCCCAUCUCACGGCGGCGAGGAUCGGCAGAAACAUCGACCUCGCCACCGACUACAAUCUCCUGUCGGGCACGUCGAUGGCGUGCCCGCAUAUCUCCGGGGCCGCGGCGCUCCUGAAAGCCGCGCACCCGGAUUGGAGCCCCGCAGCGAUACAGUCUGCGCUGAUGACAACCGCCAAUCCUCUGGACAACACGAACCGGCCCAUUAGGGAACAGGACGGCUCGGUCGCCUCGCCAUUGGGCAUCGGGUCGGGUCACGUUGACCCGAACCGGGCUCUGGAUCCAGGCCUUGUGUAUGAUGCUUCUGUGCAAGACCUGGUGAAUUUGGUAUGUUCCAUGAACUUUACUCGCAACCAGACUCUGACCAUCAUAAGGUCGAGCUACAAUUGCUCGAAUCCGACGUCCGACCUCAAUUAUCCGUCUUUCGUGGCUCUGAUUCGGGCGGAGGAGAUAGGGAGGACGUUGACUCGGAGGUUCCGGAGAAGAGUGACGAAUGUAGGGAAUGGCGCGGCCACGUAUAAGGUUACGGUGGAAGCGCCGGUGAACACCACAGCCGUAGUUGAGCCUCAAACUUUAGUGUUUCGCAGGAAAAACGAGACGAAGAGGUAUUCUCUUACGAUUCGGUUUAAGGCUGAUAUAGAGAUUCAACAUAGAGAAGGUGCAGUCAUUUGGACAGACCAAACCGGCAAGUAUAGAGUGAGAAGUCCGAUUAUGGUGUCGGCAGCAGCCGACAAUUUCGAGUAGUUUUUGUGAAAACAAUUACAUGUCCGAUUAUGGUAUUUGUUGCUCAAUAAUGAUGAAUUAUAGUUUAGUUUCAUGAGAUUAUCCUAACAAAGGAAAGCUUCGUAUAUAACACUUGAAAUUGCACGAGAGUGAAACCAUUCAAUGAAAUGCUUUCUUUCUUUGAA